AUGUUUGCAUUUUUCUUGAACAAUAUUUGCUCAACAGAUAUAUCCAUUGAAGGAUGCAGUUAUAGUAACUCAAUCGAUGUAUAUCCGCCAUCAAAACUCAUUACAAAAACUGUUUCGAAAGGCUCAGUUUUAUGCAUAAAAGGGUCAGUGCUUAUAAAAUCUGAUAAUCAAUUCGUAGCUACAUAUAAGAUUUCUAAAAGAGGCAUCAAUGAAGAAGAAAUUAUUAUAAAAACAGGAACGAAAGAAAAUCCAUUUUACUUUGGAUCUUAUUCCAAUAUUCAGGAAAUGAAGAUAGAAGCAAAGGACCCUUCUACGGAUUUGCAAGUAAGCAUUUUAGGAUUGAGUUCUUCAUAUCCAAGUAUUAAUAACAAGAAAUCUUUUACCGUUUUUACGACAAUGAAAUCAUUCAAUAAGUACAUUGUUAUUUCUCCACUACGAUCAUUAGGACUAUUUACAUGGACUCAAUAUCCCCCAGUUUUCACUGUGAACCCUCAUUCGGUUAUUAAAGAUUUCAGUGAUAUCUCAGAUAGUUUUGGUGCUGCAUCCUAUCUUGGCUUAUCCACUUUAGGUCAGCAACUUGCUGAGCAAAUUAAUGUUGUAUGGAAAGAAGAUACAACAAAACAAACAGCUUCUAAUUUCAAAAAUCCAUUUGGAGAAGAUGUGUUCUACAUUCUUCCAGGUGAUGAUGCAUUCACUCUUGAAGAAGUUAGCAAAUUUACUGAGGAUAAUAAGAAUAUAUUCACAGAAGAAAUAAAUGAAAAGUAUGCGUAUCCAGAUGAAUGCAAGGAAGCAUUAAGUAUUUAUGAUUAUCCAUAUCAUCAACAGCUCUAUAUUCCAGAAGGUGAAGCAAUAUGCGCAGAUGGAAGUUUUGUUUUCGCAUCAACGUCAAAAUACAAAGUUACAGUUUAUGAUAGGUCUAAUAAAAACGACAAAGGUAAAACAUAUGAAAAUCUAUUUAGUGUAGGUGGAUCUCAAUACUUAAGUGUUAUUAAAUGUUCUGACUCUACAGUAAAAUGCAUAAUUCAACUUGCCACAAUUACAGAGCCAAUUCAUACUGAUUCUGUAACUAAUUAUUCAUUCUUUACAACAAAGAACGAAUUUGAAUUUGAUCAAAAAGUUUUAUAUACGAAAGAUAAAAUGGUAACAUUCGGUUUAACUGCAUAUACACCAGAAAGCAAGAAAAUUGAAGGAACAGGAAGCAAUAACUUCGAUCUCUUUCUGAUGAAUAAUUCUGAGGAAUCAAAGAAAGGAAAUAUUUCAGGCCACACUAUAAUGGCAUUUCCUGAUUUGCAAAAAGGUAAAUAUGUUGAUGAGUCAAAAAUUCAUAUUACUAUUAAGCCUGAAAAAACAGCAAAUGCAAAAAACCCAUCAUAUUUUGCAAGCAAUAUUAUCUACGAAAUUCCACCUGGUGUCAAAACAGAGGAAGAAGUUAAGGCUCAUUCAGCAGAUAGCGACGUAACAUUUGUUAAAGAAAGCAAUGAAGACGAAGAGACUAAAUCGAACGGUCUUGGUGGGGGCGCAAUUGCAGGCAUCGUAAUUGGUGUGAUUGCCUUUAUUGUAAUUAUCUGCGUUCUUGUUUGGUUCUUCGUUUUUAGGAAGAAAUCGAGUGAAUCUGGAUCAGGAGAAAAAGUAUAA